GGGCGGCGGGGCGCUCCGGGCGGUGCGGGCCGGGGCCGCCCCGCCAUGUCCGUCAACAUGGACGAGCUGCGGCACCAGGUGAUGAUCAACCAGUUCGUGCUGGCGGCGGGCUGCGCCGCCGACCAGGCCAAGCAGCUGCUGCAGGCGGCGCACUGGCAGUUCGAGACAGCCCUCAGCGCCUUCUUCCAGGAGACCAACAUCCCCAGCAGCCACCACCCCCCCCAGAUGAUGUGCACCCCCAGCAACACGCCGGCCACGCCGCCCAACUUCCCGGACGCGCUGGCCAUGUUCUCCAAGCUGCGCACCUCGGAGAGCCUGCAGAGCAGCAACAGCCCCAUCACCUCCAUGGCCUGCUCCCCCCCGGGCAGCUUCAGCCCCUUCUGGGCCUCCUCGCCCCCCAGCCACCAGCCAGCCUGGCUGCCCCCCUCCUCGCCCACCGCCCACGGCCUGCACCACCACCUGCACCACGCGCAGCCCUCCUGGCCGCCCACCCCCCCGGCCCCUGCCCCCCCACAGAAAGCCGUGGCCACCAUGGAUGGGCAGAGAUAAGGCUGGGGGGGUCAGGGGGGGCCGGGCCGGGGCGUUGGGAGCAGGGGCUCUCGCCGAGAAACGCACUGGAAGAAUUUUCUAGGUUUUAUUAUUAUUUUUAGUGUGGGGUGGCGGCGGGGGAGCAUGUGCUGCCAGGGAGGGCACUGACCUGUGAGAGCCUCUGGCUGCUCUCUACUCCCCUCCCCUUUUUUAAAAAAAAAUAUAUAACUAUAAUAUAUAAAUAUAUCUAAUGUAUAUAAAUCCAGAGAGAAGGAGCAGCGGCGUGGAGGCAGCUGCUGGGUGUCUGGGGCUUUUCCCUGUGGCUCUGUCCCCACCCAGCAUCUCUACAUCGGGGCAGGAGAGGGAAGGGGAGGACAGGAAUAACAAAAAUAACCGGAUGGAGGUGGCUGUUGGCACCCCAGAUCACAGCCACAGGGACAUGGAGCCACUGGACACCCUCCCCAGCUCUGGCUCCCUGGGCACUUGUUGCAGUGCCCAGAGCAAAAGCAGCUCUCUGGCUCCUGAAAUUCAGCCCGGCUUCUUGCACAGACCCCCCCUGGACUUGCCCCCAACCCUGUCCUCCCUCCC